AUGCUUGGCGAGAAUGUGGAGACGCUGGAGAACAUGACCACCCAAACGGCCAAGUACGCCAAGUGGUACGUGAGGGUCCUCGACCCGAAGGUCAUUGAUGACACGUUCACUGCGAGUAGCGAAACAGUGGAAGUGCAAAAGUUCAGUUGCGUUUUGGUGUCAAACGCGCCCGCGCAGUACAUGCUCGGCGCGGUGCCCGUCAGUUUCAAAAAUCGGAAUGCGGCAGUCGAAGCCUCCAGAAAAUUCACGGCGGACUCCGCGUGGGAGCUCCGGACCCCGAGCUUCGACGCCAGAGCCAAGUCGGACUUCGUCGGCGGCCCGUUGAAAUCGGUGGUCUUGCUUUGCAGCCCGUCCACGCUGACCCGAGUCCCGCCCGCCGGCGCGGAAGCGUCGGCGCAUCUCGCUAAGGAGCUGCAUAUCGAAUUGGACAUCGAGGGCGUCGUGGGGCUUCUCGAGGAGAACGCUACUGGUUCAAACCAAAGGGCGGCCUUCGACUUCUGCGGCAACUUCCUCGGCAUCGGCACUUCCAAGCAAGUCACUAAGAACGGCGACCUCCUAAUGGUAGCCGAAGCGGAGUUCGCGGAUGCUGGCGGCGGGAAGAUCGUGGUGGCCGUGUGGAAAAGGGCGCGCGAGUACUUCGCCCACGUGCGCCCGGGGUCUGGCGUCGCUGUGCUCGGAAGCAGUGCUGCGCUUGAGAACGGCGAGGUGAAGAUCAACAUCUGGCCAGGGGCCCACAUCGGCACCGUUGGCGAUCCGGCCCAGUCUCUGACAAGCUUGGACGCCACCAGUCUGUCGGCCGAGGUGCUCACCGCCCAGUUGGCGCCGUCUUCCAGUGGCGGUUUAGCGAGUGUCAUGAAGGCCGCGGCGCACUCCACGUGCGCUGUGGCGUUGGCCGACGCGAUUGCCCACCCCCAGCCCAUCGCGUUCCAGAUCAACCGGUGCCUCCUGGACGCGCCGCUACAGCGGGGCACGAUGCGCGCGCAGGACGGUCGUUUCCUCUUCCAGAAUUGCCGUCUUCGGGAUGCCGCCGGGGGGGUGGACGUAGACAUGGUCACCGAUGCCGCCCCGACACUCUACGACUGCUCGACUCCUGACGAGGUGGCGGCCCAGCUUGACGCCCAGUCCUUGACAAGCUCCAAGCACCGGUUCAACAUUCGGGGCAAUCUCCGCCAGGAGAACGGGGUGGCCAAGCGAUGCAUCAUGGAGGUGGGCAUCGCGCCUCUGGACGCAAUGUUUUCCACGAGUGCCUUGCGUAUGUGCUACAGCCUCUCCGUGGUGUCCGGCGAUGUCGUUCUGCCAGUGCCUGUGGGUCGCAUCGUCGAGGGCCCGCUCCAAGGUUUGGCAGUCUGCCGCGACGGUGCCAAAAACAUCGGUGCAAACCGGGUGUGGCUGCUGGUGCGCGGCCAAAGCGCCACCAAAAUGGAGUCCCUCGACGACGCGAAGGCGCUAACAUAUCAGGUCACGGGUAAGGCGGCUGGGCGCGCGUUAUUCAGGGUGGACGUCCGGAAACUCAAAGCCGCGUUCUUGUGGCUCAAGGCCAACAACCCCUACUACGCGAACGUGGGGUGGCGAGACGACGCCGCGGGUGCGUGGGCCGGAGACGGCGCGCAAGUGGGUGCCACCCGGGAGGCCGACGACGACUCCGCGCAGGUCCCGCCAGUCACUCCAACGUGUUUCGAACGGUGGAUGGGGCUCGCCGUCUCAGAGGCCGCGGCAGGGGGGGGACCGUCCUGCGCGCUUCGGGCCAUCCGCUCCCUUGAUGCACAUGACUGCCCGGUGGACCUCCAUGUGUUCCGCGCGGAGCUGGAUGCAGUGAUGAUAGAGCAGUGCGGCGAGGACUCCGAGGUCGUGCACGCCGGUGCCGCCGCGUCAGCCGAGGCGGGGGAUGACAUGGGCCUGCGAGAAGACGCGGUCCACUCGCUCGCAGGCGCGGCCGAGGAGGUCCUCGGGCGGCGAGACGAGGCGCCAGGCUUCGCCAGCGCGCGCCCCGCUGCGGACCCGCCUGCAGGAGACGCGUCGCACGGCCACGGUCGGAAGCUGAAGUAUCCGCGCGUCGAUCCGCCCGACGUGGAAGACGAGCCCGGGCAGGCCGUCCGGGAGGACACGCCGGGGUACAUGGCGAAAGCCUCCCCGCAAUUGUUCCCGCGCGAGGUCGGCGACUACCGUGGCGACAGGGGCGGCUUGCGCCGCGCGCUUCGCUUCGAAGAGUGGGGCCGGCGCGUUGUGCUGUGGCGCAACGGGCGGUUCGUGCGCCGCGCCAGGUUCCGCUACUGGCUCUUGGACACCACGCUCCGAGUUAUGGUCCCGGGCGUCCAGCGGAUAUGUUUUCGCGCCAAGAAAGUGUGCCAAGACAACGCGCUCGAUUCGUUGAUGGGCAGGGGCAAACGCCGUGAGCUGGCGAAGCAGAUGUCGACCGUAACGAACUUGAUCCCGGGGUCCGUCGGCGAGAGGCGCAAUAUGCGCCAGCAGCCCGAAGCCAUGGUUCACCCGAUCGAAGCGGAGAUGGCCGACUUCGGGAUGAACGGUGGCGCCGGCAAGAUCCCGUCCGGCUUUUGUACGCUUGCCUGCAGCGUGUACAAGCGGGCACAGCUACGCGCGACGCUGUUGAAGGCAUGCCCUUCUGGUGCCGCCAGCGAUCCCGCGUGUCGGGGGCGCUGCGCGCAGCGGACGCAACUCCCUUCAGGUCCAGACAGGGAGGCCGCCAUGAACAAAACGUACUACCAGCUGUCAGUGCGGGACCCAGGUGCUGUGGCGUGGUACUGCGCCGUCGAGCUGGAGAUGCCUACGGCCUUGACCGCGGCGUUGCUGACAGAGCAGCUGCAGUCCGACUCUGUGCCUGGGCACGGCGCACUGCGGAAAAUCCAAGCGGAGUUGGGCUCGCGCAUGGGCGAGGACAUCACCUUGGGAGGCAACCCUGACCUGCGCCAUUUCGGCCAGGUCGACGACUGGUACGUGACGUACGAAUGGAGAGACGAGUCAGGGGCCGUGGAGAUUGACGAGCCUGUGCCUGGUCAACACGCCGUGCCGCAAGCAGAGGCCGCGGAUCGUCUGGCCGCGUUCUGGGACCGCGCCUACACUGAAUACAACGUGGCAAAAGCCAUGUCGCCCGGGCUGCCCGAGGCAGUGCCAACUGGCGGGGGCCUGGCGGCAGGCCUUGCCAACGCCGUAUCGGGCGCCUCGGCAGGUGUUGUCGGCGCGCGUCAGGCGCUCGGGCCCGCGGGCGAGAAGCAAGUUCGAUCUCCUGAGAGUAUUUCGUACGAGGCUCAUGCCCGCUGUCUCUUGGGUAGCCUCGAUGCCGGCGGCGCUGCUGGUGAACGCUACUGGGUCGAGCUGGUCGUCAUCCUGGAGGGCUGCUCCAGAGCGCCACGUGACGUUCUGCAGACGGAGCUCCUCGAGCCAGGCAUUGCCAGCUCGGGGGCUCGGCAAGCAAGAGCCAUACUUUGCUUCGUCACGGCGCUGGCGGAGUGGGUGAACAUGCGCGACUUGCACAAACCUUAUGCCAUGGGCCAACCCGCCAAAGACCAGCGGUGCGCGCGCGUCGACGACGAGCAUUCCACCAUGGAGCGUGUUAUGGCGGCACGGGACUGCCAUUUUCUCAACAACUUCGCCCCCAUCGUCAUGCUGGCCAUGCUGUCCAACAUGGACUUCAAGACCACGUUGACCAAAGACGCGGUCAUCGAGUACAUGGCCAAGUACAUGGCCAAGUCCGGCCAGGGGGCGCUGAUCAAGGUCAUGGAGCACAGUUUCUCCGUGUGCAUGGAGAAAGCCAGAGAGUGCCAGCAAGGCACCGGGUCCGCCGUGCUCCAGUGGUUCAACCUCCAGUCGACCAGCGAGGUCAAGUCCCAGCUCCAGUGCGUGCACCUCAUCUUCUGGGCUCCGCGCUUCAUGUGCACACGGGAGUUCAGGGACCUGUUCCUCAAGGCCGAAACCAGGCAACCCAAGGCGAUGACAAAACCCGUGGCCGAUGAUGACCCGGGCGCUCGCAUCGUCCAGAAAUCCCAGGCGGAGCACUACGCGAGCCUGUGGGAAUGGAAAUUACCGUCGAAUGCUGCGCUCUCCAAGCGGCACCCGUUGACAGCGGAGCCUUUGUGGGCGUUCAUACUUCGCAGGGCGGGGGCGUCCGGCGACAGCGUGGUGCUCAAGCCAGCGCCCGACAUCGUCGUCAUCCAUCCUGUGGGCAGGUUCGGUCAGGCGAAGACUGAUGCGCAGUGGCGAGACGCGUGCAUCUGGACUCUUCUGGCGCACUGCAACCAUGGCGAGACGUGCAAGGGAGCGUUUCGGGGCGCCGAGCACCUGGCCGGUUUCACCGACGAGGCUGUGGCCGAGCUGAUGCAGCGCUUUGCAGCCGCCCAGCCCGGCGAGCGCUUGA